AUGAACUCCAGUUUUCUUUUCUUGUUGCCUAAAGUUCCUGGAGCCAAAAGAACAGAGCAGUUUAGACCAAUUGGAUUGUCUAACUUCUGCUUUAAAAUCAUCACAAGGAUAAUCACAACAAGAUUACAUGAAGUACUUCACAAGGUAAUAUCUAGUCAACAAGGUGCCUUUAUAAAAGGAAGAAACAUUCAAGAGAAGAUAAUACUUGCUUCUGAGCUAGUAAAUGAGCUAGAUACUAAGAGAAGAGGAGUGGGUAUCAUAUGGUUGAAAACAAUUCUAGAAUCUGCAAGAAUAUCGGUUUUAGUAAAUGGUGGGCCUUUUGGUUUCUUUGAAGUAGGGAGAGGUCUCAGACAGGGAGACCCUGUUUCUCCAUUUUAUUUGUGA